UUAACGCAAAGCAUAAAACGAAUGUAGGAAAUUGUAAAACAUUUUCCCAAAAUUCGCAGUGAGGUUGAAGAGGGAACACACGAUUAGGUAGCGAGAGAGAAGAGAAGAGAGAAGAUCGGUGUAAGAGCAAGGUAGCAGUAGCACUGUCACCACCAUUAGCAGAAUGGGAACCUUGGGCAGAGCAUUCUACGCCGUCGGAUUUUGGAUCCGCGAGACCGGCCAAGCCAUGGAUCGCCUCGGUUCUCGCCUCCAAGGCAACUACCUCUUCCAAGAACAGCUGUCCAGGCAUCGACCUCUGAUGAAUCUCUUUGACAAAGGUCCCUCCGUCCAUAGGGAUGCAUUUGUGGCCCCCAGUGCCUCCCUCCUCGGCGACGUUCACGUUGGCUCAGCCUCAUCCAUUUGGUAUGGAUGUGUUCUCAGAGGUGAUGCUAACAGCAUUGUUAUUGGAUCUGGAACUAAUAUACAAGACAAUUCUCUUGUUCAUGUUGCCAAGUCUAACUUGAGUGGAAAAGUAUUACCAACUAUCAUUGGAGAUAAUGUCACUGUAGGUCAUAGUGCUGUGUUACAAGGAUGUACUGUUGAGGAUGAGGCAUUUAUUGGCAUGGGUGCAACCUUGCUUGAUGGUGUAUAUGUUGAGAAACAUGCCAUGGUUGCUGCUGGAGCUCUUGUCAGGCAGAAUACAAGGGUCCCCUAUGGAGAGGUUUGGGGAGGUAAUCCAGCAAGAUUCUUGAGGAAGCUCACAGAAGAUGAAAUGACCUUCUUCUCACAAUCUGCCUUAAAUUAUUCCAAUUUGGCUCAAGCUCAUGCUGCGGAAAAUGCAAAAAAACUUGAUGAGACUGAAUUCGUGAAAGUUCUUAAGAAGAAAUCUGCUCGUCAUGGUGAGGAAUAUGCAGUGCUAGGUAGUGUUAAAGAAACACCUGCAGAGCUUAACCUUCCAGAUAAUGUUUUGCUAGACAAAGCUCCCAAGGCUUAGUUUUAUUUUUCUUUUCUAGUAUUUGUUUAUGUGCGAUUUUCUGGAGAAUGACUGCCUUUGUUUCCUGUAAGUUUGGAGAGCUCAAACUGUUGUCUCAAAUAUCAACACAUGUUGAACUUCUCGGCAUGUGGAUGUGGCUUUGCUCAUCCCUGUGCUAAAUAAGAAGCCCUAAUUUUUGUUUCUUCAUAAUGACUACAAUGGAACAGUUUGGUAAUAGUUCAGGCUUCCAGAGACAUAUCUACAGUUUUCGGCACUGUAGUUGGGCAUGUAUUUCAAAAUAAGAAUAUCAAUUCAUAUGCGCCGGUUGAACCUGCAUUUUCAUGAA